UCAGUCUGGCUGGCUGCUGUCCUGUCAUCGGCCUGGGUGUGGUUUUUUUUGCAGUAAGGGGUACCGUUAGCAGGAAAUCAGGCAGCAGUCCAUUUCAGUGAAAGGCGAAACAAAGAAAAAAACACUCCCACGAGCGUUAGGUUGAAUAUAUUUAUUCAUACUCAGACUAACGGUUACGUUUGUUUCCUGGAGACGGUGACGCGAUUCAUUGGCGCCGUUGUUCUGAUGGGAAAAAGUUUUCUCUGGUCUCGCUAGCUGCUCGUCUCAUUUUAUAAGUUUUUCUUCUUUAAAAGCUGAAGAGGCCAUAAAAGAAAGGAAAGAUGCCGAAAACGAUAAGCGUAAGAGUAACCACGAUGGAUGCUGAGCUGGAGUUUGCCAUUCAGCCAAACACAACAGGAAAGCAACUCUUUGACCAGGUUGUUAAGACUAUUGGGCUGCGUGAGGUUUGGUACUUUGGGCUCCAGUACCAGGAUACAAAAGGUUUCUCUACAUGGCUCAAACUCAAUAAGAAGGUGACAGCCCAGGAUGUAAGGAAGGAAAGCCCGCUGCUGUUUAAGUUUCGUGCCAAGUUCUUCCCUGAGGAUGUGUCAGAGGAGUUAAUCCAGGAUGCCACACAGCGCCUGUUCUUCCUGCAGGUGAAGGAGGGAAUCCUUAAUGAUGACAUCUACUGUCCACCAGAGACCGCCGUCCUGCUGGCCUCCUACGCUGUGCAGGCCAAAUAUACAGACUACAACAAGGAUGUCCACACACCAGGCUAUUUGUCCAAUGAGCAGCUGCUGCCUCAGAGAGUGCUGGAUCAGCACAAACUCAACAAAGAGCAGUGGGAGGAGAGGAUUCAAGUGUGGCAUGAAGAGCACAAGAGCAUGAUGAGAGAGGAAUCCAUGAUGGAAUAUUUGAAGAUCGCUCAAGAUCUGGAGAUGUACGGAGUCAACUACUUCAACAUCAAGAAUAAGAAAGGAACAGAGCUGUUUCUGGGAGUGGAUGCUUUGGGCCUCAACAUUUAUGAACAGAAUGACAAAAUGACACCCAAAAUUGGAUUCCCCUGGAGUGAAAUCAGAAACAUUUCCUUCAAUGACAAGAAGUUUGUCAUUAAGCCGAUUGACAAGAAAGCCCCUGACUUUGUGUUUUAUGCUCCAAGACUGCGCAUCAACAAACGAAUUCUGGCUCUCUGCAUGGGAAACCAUGAGCUGUACAUGCGCCGCCGCAAACCUGACACCAUCGAAGUGCAGCAGAUGAAGGCUCAGGCUCGGGAGGAGAAGAACAUGAAGAAGAUGGAGAGAGCUCUGCUGGAGAACGAGAAGAGGAAAAGAGAACUUGCAGAAAAGGAAAAAGAAAAGAUUGAAAGGGAAAAGGAGGAGUUGAUGGAGAGACUGAAGCAGAUUGAAGAGCAGACAAAGAAGGCCCAGCAAGAAUUGGAGGAGCAAACACAGCGGGCUCUGGAACUGGAGCAGGAGAGGAAGCGUGCUCAGGAGGAGGCUGAACGCUUGGAGACUGAUCUGAGGGGUGCUGAAGAAGCCAAGAUGGCGCUGCUGCAGCAGUCUGAGAGCCAGCUGAAGAACCAAGAACACCUGGCCACAGAGUUGGCUGAUCUGACCUCUAAGAUCUCCCUUCUGGAGGAUGCCAAGAAGAAGAAGGAAGAGGAGGCUGUGCAGUGGCAGCAGAAGGCUACUACGGUGCAGGAGGACCUGGAGAAGACCAAAGAAGAGCUUAAAAACAAAGUGAUGGCAGCUCACGUUCAGGAGCCUCUCAAUGCAGAAAACGAGCAUGACGAGAAUGAUGAGAGCAGCGCCGAGGCCAGUGCCGAGUUCACAGCUGCUGCCACGUACAAGGACCGCAGCGAGGAGGAGCGCAUGACUGAGGCUGAGAAGAACGAACGUCUGCAGAAACAUCUACUCGCUUUGAGCUCAGAGUUGGCCAACGCUCGGGACGAGACCAAGAAGACGGUGAAUGACAUCAUCCACGCAGAGAAUAUGAAGGCAGGGCGAGACAAGUACAAGACCCUGAGACAGAUCCGGUCAGGAAACACCAAACAGCGCAUCGACGAGUUUGAGUGUAUGUGAUGUUUGUGCUCGACAAUGCAAGAGCCCACACGGCUGGGCCAGUCUGCCUGGACUGCAGUCCUGCCUCACUCGAGCUGUCUCCUCUCUGCCCAAAUAAAUCAGAUCGGAUACACGAUGCGGUUACACAAGCACAGCACAAUGUACAAAUAUGGAUCUGGAAAACUCCAUUUGUUAUCAUUCCUAACUUUGAAUUUAGGCAAGUCACUGGUUGAAAAGGGACAUACUGUAUUUUAUUAGAACAUUCCUCAUGAGGGGUUAAUGUAGCAUAUUAGCAGUGGACUCAUGCCUCACUUCAUGACACAUUGAGUAAGCAUUUUUAAUUUCUUUGUUUUUUGUUACAAUUCUGUAAAAAGAAAAAAGGCUGAGAGACCAAUCUAAACUUCAGCUUGCCUGUAGACACAUUUCUGCUGUAAACAUUUAACGGUUCUUUACAGCAAGCUGCUUUUUUUUAGACCAAUUUUCUCCCAUGAUCCAUUGCCUGUAGGUUUAGAUUCAAAUGCACUGUUGUCUAGUCUACAUAUCGAAUCAUUCUGAAGUGCCUGUGUGGAGCAAAAAUUGAGCAGUAUUAUUUUAUGUGAGUUUAAACUUUUUUACUUGAGUGUAUUUCAAAUCAGGCAACUGUUACAAAUCACACAGUAUUAAUACCCCACUUACAAAUACAUUUCUAAUUGAUGUAUUUUCCCUUCUGAACACCUGCAAUACUGUUUGCAACCACAUGGCUUUUUGUUUUAAAUCUGCAUUUUUGCUAAGAUGCUGAGUUAUAGAAAGAAUAUACAGCCUAAUCAAUGGCAAGUUGUUUCUUCUGUACAAUUAGAAGUAUUUGAAUCUGAAAGGUAUAACUUGUAGCCACAUUUAGGCUCCCUGUAGUUCUCAAAAGAUAGCUGUGUUGACAUUAUGAUGAGACAGAUACAAAUAUGGUGUCUAAAAAAGCUUUUAUCGAAUCAAAUACAUGGAAUAAUUAGUAAAUAACUUCAUGCACAAAACAUUUAAAUUUAUGAAUCCGCUCGUUCUUCUGUCCAAACAGCCCACUACUGUUGAAAUUAAAAGUUGGGACUAUCUUUUAAAAUGUUGUCUAAAUCAACCGUCAGAUUAAUUCAACAUUAAGAGACCAUUACAUUUUUUUUCUACUUUCAAAAGAUGCACUGGAAAACAUAUCUCUCCUUUACAAGAUGAGUCAAUGAAGGUUGCUGCCCAAUAUGGGCACCUUUUCCAGUGCAUGCAUUUCUUUCUAUACAGUAUUUAAUAAUGUGUGUGUAUUUUGUAAUUUGGUUUAUCAGUUGUAAUGAAAUCAUGUAAGGUGAAAAAGAAGACACCACUGAGGAUAUUUUUGUACUAUGAAAUGUAAUUGUUAAAGUUAAAAACAGAAGCUUGUGCUCUGAAAGAAGAGCAUUUUCAUAUGAAGUAAUUUGAGCAACUCGCUGCUGUGAUUUUGAAUUAAGGAAGAAAUUAAAAAAAGACAUUUGUUAACCACAAAGACAGCUGAAAAUGAACUACUUCCCGCUAACAUUUUUAAAUCAAACAUGAAUGUUUUUUUUUUUUUCAUUCAAAAUCAGUCAAGGCGAAAAAAUAUUUAAAUAUUUUUAGGUUGAAAAUAAGUAUUUUGACAAGAAAGCUAUUUUUGAUUUAUCUCAUGACAUGAUCUGGAAGAAGACAUUUUUAAACAGUGUCUUUGCCUGUUGCUGCAUUAAGUUGUGUAUCUGCCACAGAAGAUGAAACAUUUUGCUUUUUUGGAUGCCUUUUCAUGCCUUCAACUGUAACUUUUAGUGCUGCACUGUUUGUUCUACCCAAAGUGCCAUUCGUUGACAGCCUUCAUUUUAAGAAUCAAAUGUCCUUUGAAGUUGAGUCUUCAUGUGUGGAAAAGAAAUGUGUUAAAAGAUGCUACUCAAUAUUUUUUGUCUUGAAUCCAAAAGGACUGAAACAUAAUUGAUGCUGUAAAUUGACAAGACAGUGCCUUUGCCAGGUUUUCAUCAGAUUUUGCUGCUUCAAGUCUUCCUUUUACCAAUGAAUAAAAGUCCAUCUUAAACAUUC